ACCUAUCAGUAUUUAUUACUUGUAAAAUAGUAGUGCAAUUUUAUUUAUAUUACGUUGUGUGUCACUGAUGGGGCUGAUGCUUUAGGAUAUUUAUAUUUAUUUUAUAUAUAUAAAUAAAUAAAUCGUAACAGGAUGGAAGACAGUUCAAUAACACCAACCUUUUACGCCAGUGAAGACAGUGUACAAUGUUCUUUCUACUCUUCCUCAUUAGAAUUAGAUGUAACCUAUUGGGAAAGGUUAUGCGACAGUAUAAAUAAAACCAUUGUAACAUUAUCACAGGGUCACAUAUGGCAUAGAGAUGAAUUUAGAGUGUAUUUUCCAUUACAUGAUUCUAGUACAACAGAUAUUCCUUUACAUCUAGAAAGUUCGACUUGUUUUGCAGACAAUAUUGAGGAUGAGUGGUUUAUUGUAUAUAUUGUGAUGGAAAUAUCAAGGCAGUUUAAGAAUUUGAUUAUUCAACUCAAAGAUAAUGAUGGCGAAUUUUUACUUAUAGAAGCGGCAGAUUAUUUACAGCCUUGGGUAAAUCCUAAUAACACAGAAAAUAGGGUUUAUAUUUAUAUGAGUCUAGUGCACUUCAUACCUGAAACAAUAAUAGACUCUUCAACAAAUGUGAAUGUGAUAGAUGCAAUAGAAGCAAUCACAAACCACUGUGACCAAACUAGAGCAUCUUCUGAAAUAAAUAAAUCAAUUCUAAACCGCAUUAGUGUGUACCCUGAGAAAAUUAAAAAUAAUCUACAUCGAGCUGUGGUAACAUUGCCUGUUGAUAUUGCUGCUUUGUUAAUAUUAAAACCAUGUCUUAUUUCAGCAAUUGUGAAUGCUUAUUGCUCACAUGAUAUGAUUGAUGCACAAACAUGUAAAAAUUUAAAAUUUGAUGAUUGUGUAACUACAGAAAUAACAUUCACAAAAUGUUUAUAUGCAAUGUUAAUACAUUCCAAAUUAAUAAAUAACAUAAAAUUAAUAGGUGUAGCUAAUAAUGAUAAGAAAUUAUUAUUAGGAUUUAAAUUAACAUGUGGGUAUGAAAUGCUUACAAGUAACAUUUUAAAUGACAUAUAUUCCUCAAAAGAAUAUUCUAGUUUUUUAAAUAAUUUGAAGAAAAAUGGUUAUUUCAAGGAUAACUUAGAAGGAUCAAAACACUACAAAGACUUAUUGGAUAAGGCAAAAAAAUAUUAUAAAUGUACAGAAUGUCCCAUAAAUUCAUAUUUAUCAAGUGAAAUAAUGCAGAUAAAAUCUACUAGAAAUUAUUUAGAUGUAAAGGAAACAUUAAAACAUUCGAUUAAAACACAAUAUACAGAAGACAAUGAAGAUUGGUUAAAUAUAAAUCCAGAACAAUUAAAUGAGCUUUUACACUCACGUUAUGGUAAACAAAGUACUUUCAAAAGUAGUGACCUUGUAACAUCUCAGACAAUAACAUCAAAGUUGACAGAUUUUCUUGAACAGACAUCAGGUUUUGAAGGUAUUGAACAAAUAAAUGUAAUUGAAAACAAUCAAGUUGUUGAUUUCGAUCCAGAUGGUUUUGUUACCUCUAUAGAAAAAAUGUUAAAUAUUCUAUCAACUGAUAAUGUAAAUAAUAAUGAAGACAGUGAUGAUUGUGACUUCACUGAUGAUUCUGAUCAUAUUUUAUCAGACGAAAUAAAACAGAAAAAUGAUAAUUCAAAAGAGAUAAACAAUACUGAAGGAAAGGUAGAAAACAAAACAGUUAUUAAUAAUAUUAUAAAAAGUAUGAAAGAGGAGGGAUCAUCACCAGGACCUUCAAGUAAUUUAUUAUGGACAGUGGGUUUACACAAAAUGGAUUUGAUAAAUUCAGAUGAUUAAAAUUUAAA